AUGGCAGACGGCGCGGGGGUGGCAUUCUGGAGGCUCCGACCGGGCAAUAAGGCAGUCGUGUACUAUGAUGACGACGAUGUAUGGCACGAGCGGCAGAUUCUGUUGCCCGGCGGGUCUCCCGAGUCAUACUGGAUUCGCACCCCGACGCUGACAUAUACGAGGAAGACUUACAAGGAGGUUCUACCGAAGGACCUCGACGAGUGCGACAUGUUCAAGGAAGAUGUCACGGACGACGACCUUCGGAAGUGGAUGAAGGACGCCAUCCAGGAGCAUGUCCGCGCUUACGGUAGGGAACCCGACCUGUCAGAUGUCCAGGUCGAGCUAGCAGACGGAGCAGCGGGCCCUGGCACCUGGCUGGUGGCUGAUCCAAGACAUGGGCUCUCCCUGGGUACGCCCAUCACUCCGGACUUCAACAAGGAUUUGAAGCUUGACGAUGUGAACGCGGUUGUAAAUGUUCGGGGCCAAUGGGUUCGCGUGGAGUGGGUUGCAAUAGGGCAAGAAGCUUCAUGGAAGAAAGCGAGGGCAUCUGAGCUCAACUCUCCCUGCGAGUCUGAUGAGGCGCUCGCCGGCGACUUGAAGCUCCUCCCUGCCGUCCAGGACGCUCCGGAGGACAAUGAAGGGACGCUGGUCAAGGACAAGGCGGGUGAGGACGCCGGGACUCUUUGGAUCAUCUAUGACGAUCAGAAUGAAGACAUCGUGAGUGGUCCCCAAUCCACCAUGCACAUGCUCAAGCAUAUUCAUAAACAUGGUGGGGAACCGAAGAGCUGGUUGCAGCUGUGGCUCCGCAAACACAAUGUCAGUGAGAGUGAUCGUGUCUGUCAUGAGCUCAAGACCCUUGUAGACAUUGUCUACCUUGGCGGAUGCUACGACCAGCUCAAUCUUGCGAGCUUGGCUUCGUUUGAGGCUGCCAGCCGCCGCAUCCAGACCAUCGUGAAGGCUUUCUCCGCGGCCUCAGGCGGCAGCGGUCCAGACUGGUCACACGCAAGAUUGUAUACAGGACAAGCCACCGCGGACGACAUUGUCAGCCCAGAACUUCGUUCCUGGGCUGCAAAACGCGGUAAAGAAGAGGUAGAACUAGCUCAGGCGAGGGCGAAGAUCCGGGACUCCAAGCGCCUCGGGUCCCAUGCAACUGAGAGCAACGAGACCGGUGAUCAUUCGGAACCACCUGCCCCUGCUCUCCCCGGACGUGGACGUGGGCGGGGCCGUACAGUCAAAGGGCUGGAGGUCCUUGUGCAGGUUGAGCAGGCGGUCGUCGCAGAGACAGGCGCUACCUUCACUCCCUCGGCGCUCCAAUCCGAGAUCGUCGAGAGGGUGGUGAAGCUUUCAUCCGACGCAUAUGAGUUGGAUUCAAGCUUUUCUUCACCGCCUACUCCGGAGGCAGCCCUUCGGGAGCUGCUCCGCGGCGCCGACGACUAUGUCGACUCCGUGUCCACUUUGGCGGCCUGCCGCCGUGAGCGCAUCAGUAUGCCGGACUCAUUGCAUGGCUCACCCGACGUGUUGUCCCUGCUGCCGGAUGAUGCCCGUCACUACCUGGAGGCCCCUGAGCGCAUGUUAAGACCAGAGGAAGACUCUCAGUGUGAUAUCGUUCCAUACUGGCAUCCCGCACUUCGCAACAGUGCUCGAGCUUACAAGGACCUCGUUCGGCAUCUUCAUAAGAUUGGUUACCUGGACUUUACGUUGGAACCUAAAGAGAGAGCCGGUACAUUUUUCGUAAAUAAGGCCAAUGGUAAGAUCCGCUUGAUCAUUGACGGGCGGCGAGCCAACGCACGGUUACGGGAACCGCCUGGUGUCAGUCUGGCCACGGCCGAAGCUUUCGCCAGGUUCGAGAUGGAAGACUGCUCAGAUCAGGAUCCGGUCAUUUCAGUGGGCCUCUCAGAUGUCAAAGAUUGUUUCCACAGGAUGGCUCAACCCCGGUGGCUUCGAGAGUAUUUCGCAUUAGAUCCGAUUCCUGCUUGCUGGGUGGGACUGCAAGGCACUUCUCUCGGAGGCAUCACCCUUGCCCGCGACGACUUGAUAUAUCCUAUGCCUGCUCCUUUGUGUAUGGGAUGUUCCUGGUCUCUGUUCUUUGCACAGAAAGCUAACCAACACAUCAUGAGUUCGGUUCCUGCCCUCAAGGGCUCAAGGUCAUUUUCGGAUCGUUCAGAGCCCGUCGUCUUCAACUCCAAGGACGAACAGGCCGGCUCCUCUUAUCACUUUGUCUAUGUUGACAACCUCGGAAUCCUCUCGGAGACUCGCCAGCAUGUCGACACUGCCAUUGUACAGGUAACCGAGGCGUUCCACGCGACACAGCUCUUGCUGCACCCGGGCGAGGUCAAGGACUCAGCGAUAGAUUCCCUCGGCUGUCGUUUGGAGGGCAAGAAACACAGUACCCGCCUGAAGCCGGCCAGCCUCCACCGAGUUCGCCAGGCGACCCUGGCGAUUCUCAACCGUGGUAGGUGCACGGGGCAGGUCAUGGAAGUUGUAGUGGGUCACCUCACCCACUCCUUCCUCAUCGCGAGGCCUCUCAUGGCGAUUUUCGACCACUGCUACCGCUUCAUACGUAGACACUACACAGAGAAGGCAAAGCUUUGGGUCAGUGUUCAGGAUGAACUUCGAGCCGCUUUGGGUGGAAUAUGGUGGAAUCAUCUUUUGCCAGGCCGACUGGAAGAGACAGUGGAACACAGUGGUGUCAAGCUCAGAUGCAAGCCUCUCUGGUUUUGGUGUCUGCACGUCAACUUGGCCGCUCACUUGGGUUCAACAGGUCGGGCGUAUGCCCGAACGGGAAAGAUUCAGGCGCUCAGCAGGGCACUCGGCAAGAGAGUCAGCUUUGGAAAGUCACUUCAUCGACGGUGA